GGACCUAAAACUAUAGACUGAAUGAAUAACACUCACCCACUGGUUUGUGGACUGCUGUUUUGAAGCCUCAAGUUUGGUGUUUUAGCCGCCGCCAUUUUGACAUUUUUGAGCCAGAAGUGAUGAUAUCUGGACGAGAGGCUGGAGGUGUGGAGGAGCGAGGGUUGGAUCUGAUUCAUAGACUGUAUCAACGCCUCACAGACAGCCUGUCACUCAAGUCGCCCCACUCUUAAAUACGCUUAACUUUGGGUUCUACUAGAAUGUAAACGGGAAGAGGAGCUCCUGCUGUUUUAAGUGUCCUGACUGACCAAGCAGAGCCAACAUGGAGAACAGCAAGCCAGUGAAGGAGGUGCUCCCCCUGCCUCGCCACCCUUCCCCACUUCCUGUGACCUCUUCCUCUCUGACCCCUGCUGCCAUUUCAAAGAGACACAGCCCAGGCUCCAUGCAGCAUGUACAGGUGGCAUCCUCAGUGGUGACAUCAUUCACUCAUCUGAAGCCUCCGGAGAGGGAUCUCACCCUGAUGUCACACAUCAAGUCUAUAAAGUCUCUGAGACAAGCUGGCCUCACUGCAGUCUUUACUGGACAAACGAAGCUUGACAGUGAGGAGCUGUUGGAGGAGGUACCAAUCGUCGAUGUGAUCCUGGCUGACAUUGACUCCCUGGUGCCCACUCACGACGAAACCGGGCGGCCCAUAGCAGAGUGGAAACGCCAGGUGAUGGUGCGGCAGCUGCGGGUCAGGCUGCAGGACGAGGAGGAACAGAGGAGACAGGGUGUGACUAAUGGCUACACACCGUUGGAUGGCUGGAAGUACUCACAGGCCCACAACGCAGUCUUGGGACCCUUUGGUGAGCUCCUAACAGAGGAAGACCUGAUGUACCUGCAGCAGCAGAUCGAGACAGUUUCACUGCAGAAGCGCUACCAGGCCUACGAGCUGGAGCUGACCAGGCUGACCGAGGAGCUGAAGGCCAUCUUACCCGAUCCGAUCUUAAACAUCUCCCUCAACAAAGAGGUGCUACAAAAGAUUGACGCUGAGGGGAAAAUGCACCCAACUUUGCCGCUGUGGUGCAGUCGUGUCUCAGAGAUUGUGAAGAGUAUGUCACUGUUGGUGGCUACACUUGGUGAGACCUCUGGUGGAUGCAGGAUUCCUCAUAUAGGGAUGGCGUCCGCUUUUAGCCAUCGUCUGGAGACCAACAGCUACAGCCGAGCACGGAGAGAGAGGGUGGAGCGGGAGAUCCAACAGUCUGGCGUGUCGGUGAGAAACCUCAGAUCCAACUUUGAAGGUCAGAUCGGUGGUAUUUAUCCCUUCGCGGGUGUUGUGAAAGGAGGCCAGGUAGCGUUUGGAGCUUCAAACAACCAGAACAGUGGCCUCAGCUGUGAGGUGAGCCUCUCUGAUCCUCCUAAAAAACUCAUACCUGUGAUGGAGACUACCAGUUUAAGGAAAGAGCGUAUAGUGGUGUUGUUCCUAAGCCACUGGAAGAAAUCUGCAUAUGCUAUUUCAGUGAGAGCAGCGAGGCGGAGACAGGGACAGGAAGCCCUGUCAGGGAGAGUGACGGGAGCGUCGCCACAACGGAAAAUCACCUCCAUGUUUCAAUUCUGCCAACAACGAGGCGCUGUGGACAAGAUGCUAAACUCCUGGAAGACUAAACUAGAACUCAAAGAUGCACAAAAGUCCUGUUUGUCCUCCUCUAGCUCCUCACAAAAUCCACCACCUAGAGUGACCUUCUCCCCCGAGCAAUUCCUGCCAGACGUGGAUGGUGUUGCGGUGACCCACGACAGCCUGACCCUUGACCUCUUCAUGCUGGGAUACUUCCACAUCUUAGAGCAAGAGCUGUCGCCUGAGGAGAGGAAGAUGAGGCAUCUACUCUGCUUCGAGGUCUUUGAUCACGUCGGUACUUUCUCCUGGGAGAUGGUGAGGGACUUCCACAGGGCCGUUAUCCAGGAAAUCCAGGCUGGGAGUCGACAGUGGAGUGACGGCUUUGAGGACAUCAAAGUCCGCUUCUUUGGGGACUCGAGACCAUGCCGCUGUCCCUCACCAUCUUCAUCAUCAUCAUCAUUGUUGCCAGAUUCCAGACUUGUACCCAAAGUUAUAGUUCAAAGUGCUACUCCGGAUGAGAGCAGCAGUGACAUGGAGUUCUCUUGUUUCAACAAUGAAGAUAUCUGUAAAUAUAUUGACCGCAGCUUUGCUUUCUGGAAGGAGAAGGAGGCAGAGCUGUUUGAUUUUGAACACUAA